CUUCAUCACUUCAUCUCAAAAGUACCACCAGCUUGGUCAUGCUUGUGAAGGCGGAAUACUGCCUUGUGUUCCCGUACGGACCAAAGACAAUACAACCGAACCCAAGUUGGCACAGAACAUAUUUUCCAUCUCACCAACACAAGCUUCAGUGAUAAUUUGACCCCGAUGUCGCCAUUGACCUCUGACUCGAGAAGUCUCGAGCACAGAGCGGGAGUUUAGUGACUGGCAUUCUUCUAUAUGGACUAUUGAGCGGACCUAGUCUAGUACAAGUUUCUUCUCUCUGUGCCCUGAACGACCAGUAUUCCUCUGCGAUGUGGUAUAGUUACCAUUGUUUUCGAUCUCUUCUCGAUCUCCUCAAACAAAAAUGUCUGCCUGCCAUCUUAUUGAAUGAGGGAUCUAUCAUAUCGAGCUGACUUGCUGAUGGCGAUGCGACAUUUUGACUAAGAUUGUUCAUUGUGCUUUUUAACCUCUCCCUGCGUAAGAAGGACUGUGGUGGUGUUCGAAAGGUCUUAUCAUUGGUCAUGGACUCGAAUCGCAUGAGGAACUGGAAUGCAUCGCGAUGCCUGGAUGCAAGAGAAGGCCCUCAAUUUCAGCUUGUGCCAGCUGUUGUUGACCAGAAUUCCCCACCAUAUCAUACCUGACCGUGCGUGGUGCGAUACUGGCAUAUUGGCAGGUGUAUGCAGGUGGCAGAUGCCAGUCGAAUGCCAGCCAGCUACAACGAUCAUAUUCCAGCCUUUUCUCCCUUGGUAUCGCCCACACCAGCCUUGCCAAACAUAUCUGCCGGUGUAAACAUUGCAUUCCAUUCUCAAAAAUUCCCCUCCCGUCGCUCCGAACUGACUUUGUUUCUUGUCUCUUGUGUCGUUCAUUUCUUUCUUUCUUUUCCCUAUGGCUCCUGGAUCUCUGAUCCUUGGUCAACUUCACUCAUUCCCGCUCACUCAACGCCUUCGUUUCUCCCCCUCUACUUUACAACUCCUCUCCUGCUUCUCCGACUAUCGCAACACCUUGUGCUUUGUGUGUCAUACCAACUUACUCAGAUCAGUAGAAAGGUCAUCAUAAAUUAUUCUGACAUCCACGAGCAAGCCUUUCUUCGAUUUCUCCAGCAUUUGGGCAAGACGUGAGACUGUGUGGCUGCAAUAUUAUGUGCUGAUUCACCACACUCAGCGCGAUUACAAUGGCCGAUACUAUGGUGGCAACCGUUCGCUCACCACUAUCAGAAGCAUCGAAUCGAAUCAACUCGAAUUAUCCUACUCAAGAAAGUCAGCGCCACAAGCCGCGUUAUGACCGCCCUAACUCGUUGGUUGUCAACAACACCGGACGCACAAACCAUGGGCAUCCGACGGCAUACUUUUCUGGCCGAGCUCCUACUCAACAGCAGCCUACAGUCUCAGCACCUCAAGAGCAAGCUACUUUAAAGCCUCCCAGUGAUAUGGACGAUGAACGUCGACAUUCGGCGGCAUCUUACGAUUCUUCAGGAAGUGGCCGCAGCAAGAAGAACUACAAGACGCAUAUAGGGCCGUGGCAGCUAGGCAGGACCCUUGGCAAAGGCUCAUCUGCGCGCGUAAGACUAUGUCGCCACACAGGUACAAAUCAGCUGGCUGCCGUCAAAAUUGUCAACAGACGGAUGGCGUAUCUUGUCCAAGAUAGUAGUUUGGCUGCUCUUAGCAAGUGGGACAAUAAUCUCCCAGAUCAGAUCGAUGGCGAGAUGCGUGUUCCCAUGGCUAUUGAGCGAGAAGUGGCAAUUUUGAAGCUCAUCGAACAUCCGAACAUCAUGAAAUUAUAUGAUAUUUGGGAGAACCGCUCAGAGGUCUACUUAAUACUUGAAUAUAUCGACCAAGGUGACUUGUUCACCUUCAUCAACAUGAAGGGUCGGCUGAGCGAGGAAGUUUCGAUCUUCUUCUUCCGACAGAUCAUCAGCGCCAUCUCGUACUGCCAUUCCUUCAACAUCUGCCAUCGAGACCUAAAGCCUGAGAACAUCUUAAUCAGUGCUGAUCUCCAGAUCAAAAUUGCUGAUUUUGGCAUGGCUGCUCUCCAUCAGACUGACACACACCAACUUGCUACUGCUUGUGGCAGUCCUCACUAUGCGGCACCGGAGCUCCUCAAGAACAGACAAUACAGGGGCGAUAGAGCAGAUAUUUGGAGCAUGGGUGUUAUCCUAUUCGCAAUGCUUUCAGCCACUCUUCCAUUCGAUGACCCUGAUCUUCGUGUGAUGAUGGCUCGAACGAAGAAGGGACAGUACGAGAUGCCAAGUUUCCUCAGCCCAGAAGCUGAGGAUCUGAUCAGGCGAAUGUUACAGGUCAACCCCGAUAGACGCAUCACCCUCAAGGACAUAUGGCGUCAUCCUCUGAUUCGGAAGUAUGCAUAUCUGGAUAACCUUUGUGACAUCAACAGCCAGCCGCCUGAUAUACGCAAAGGCUUCCAGUAUACCCCAGUACCUACAAAGGAUGUUGAUCCGCAAUUAGUUCGACAAUUGCGAUCUAUGUGGCACAUGUUUAGUGAAAAUGACUUAAAGCUCAAGCUUACAUGUGACGAACCCAAUGAUCAAAAGGCUUUCUAUUGGUUGUUACACCACUACCGCGAGCAGCAACUGGAAGACUUUAAGCCUGAGCUCGCCCACUCCACAAGUGACUAUCACCACAUGAAGCCCGGCACAUGGAAGAAACGCGUAUCGACAUGCGAAUUUGCACAGCCGAGCGGCAACGGUCACGGGCGUUCCAUAUCACGGUUCACUGUGAUUUCGAAUGCCACUGAACCAGAGCUAGCAAUGAACCAGGAACUAUUCCAGACAGAACGUGCGAUACGCUCUCGUGAUUCCCACAAAGGACAAUCGCUAGUCAGUGUCCACCGUUACUCUUACGCAGAGAAUGGUUCCUAUACUGGGCAGCCCAAAAGGCUUCGAAGCGGCUCAGGUGCACGUCGCGGACGCGGAACCUCUAACCGCAAUUCUACCACAGGGCGUCUUCAAUCGUCUCGAGGGUCGCUCUCUUCGAUGCACAGCAGUCGGCAAGGUACACCUCAUGCGAGAAGUUUGCGACACAGACGCGGAGUUGACUUCACACAUGUCCGGAAGCGAUCGACAUCAUCCUCCAAUCGCAAUAGGAGUGGUUCAAUGCCUCCUUAUGUUACGGAGCAAGGUUCUACAUAUCAGAUCGAAAUGAUUCGAUCUCACACGCCAGAACUCCCAAGCCUACCUAGUGGCAUGCUUCCAAAAGUGGCGGAUGGACAGGACCCUCAAAAACGCUCUUCGGGGCAAGCGUUGCGAAUCGCGCUUGGAUCCCGAUACGCCUCCGAAAUCUUCAAAGAGGAACUGCGUCAUUUUAGCAGCAAUAUUGCCAAGGACUGUGACGAAGCGUUUAAAAGUUCAUUGAUAGAAGAGGACUCCAUCGCUGGCUCGCUGACUGAACCAGACCGCACCCAGUACGAAUCUACACCGUUUUCCUUCACCAUCGACGCGCCUGAGGAUUCGGCCCCAGAUGUUCUCGAGCUUUCGAUUAAGUCCUACAGCAACCGGCCUCUUCCACCUCUGCCGACUCCGACGCCAAGCUACAAUGGUCAUUCGUUGGCACCAACACCCACUGGUUCCAGACCGGUAACUCGGGAAUCUUAUUCUGAAGAGUUGAGCUCAGAGCAGGUCGAGGUGGCCCAGCCAGUUCUGCUUACUAGACACACUGAGCGCCGGGUUGUCUCAGCUCCGACUUAUACUCAAAAGCACAAAAGAAGUGCUGCGCUGCCAUCCAUUAAUGAAGCUGGAGCAGCGGCCAGCGACAAGGCUCGUAUCGUGUCAGCGCCUCCGCAUACGCCAACAAAGAAAGGGAUUGAUAGAAUCCGUGGCAUCGAAUACUUAAGCCAAGUCGAAAACAGCAUUCGUGUGGUCCAUUCUCCAGGUGACGAGAGCCCCGUGAAGAUUCCCGAGCCACUCAACGUACGGAAGAAGAUCCCUGAACCUGAACAACGAAACUCGGCCCCUGCUGCACAACUUCGAGAGUUGGACUCGGCGUCGCAACGCAGUGUGGAUGGCGGCACCACGGCCACAACACUCUCGCUGGAGCCCCCUUCCCAAGAUGCCCAGGCGGCAAGGAAGAAAAAGUUGUCUUGGUUCAAACGAUCGUCGAAAGUUGAGUCAGAAUCCAGUCGGGAGUCCGUCGAGUGGCAAGAUUGCACUUCGUACUUGACUUCUAGUGAUGGGAAGCGAAGCGAUUCAACGUCAACAGAGGCUCCAACUAAGAAGAAGACUUUCCACUUUUCUUUCUGGAAGAGCAACAAACAAAGAGACUCUGUUAUGUCAAUUGCCAGUGAGUUAUUAUCGCCAUCCCGUAAGCAGAGCCGUGUGUGGUGAUCUAAUGUUAGAAAUAGGACCUGAGCAGAAAGAAGAGCGGCCUUCACUGGAGAUCAACACCAUGGGCAAGACACAUGUUACCGCCAAGGCAUCUCAGUCCAAAUGGCACGAGUCUGGCUCCGGCCCGGUGCGCAACAUUGAGGUCAAACAAAAUUGGCUCGCACGCCUGUUCAGAGUCAAACCAGCAACAGACCACAUAUGCAUGACGAUUUCGAGGAGACGAGCACGCCAGGAGGUUACCAUCCUCCUGCGAGAGUGGCGCAAGUAUGGCAUCCGAGACAUUCAGGUGGACAAACAAAGGAACAUUGUCUUUGCACGGAUUGCAGCUAAGAACUUUUUGAACCUGAAAGAAGUAUCCUUUGCCGCAGAGGUCGUCACAGUGAUCGAGCAUGGUAAGAAACAGCCACUCAGCAUCAUUCGGUUCACGCAGGAGCGAGGAGCAGCCAGCAGCUUCCACAGAGUAGUCGACACAAUGAACAUGAUCUUCGACGCAAGAGCUUUGGUGGUAGCCGACAGGAACAAGCGAAAAAUGAUGAUCAAGACACUCAACUCGUAAUACCGGUGUUUCAAUCAGCUCCACGCUGGCUCCUUCGAUAUGUACUUGUCGAAAUAUGAUGCAAGCUGGCCAUUGACACAGCCUUGCGGGUUGGAUCACGGGGUUAUGCGAAGAGUUAUGUGCAUGAUAUUGGUUGUAUGGAGUUGGAUGUAUGAGCCAUUGCUUUCCGUUUUGUUCUGCUUUUGGGCCGAGGUGAAAGGCAUGAUUUCUUCUUUUCUUAAACAUGGACGGGCGAAUAUGCGGAGUACAGGAGGGAAUAGUUGUAGGCUAGGGAUAGCCACUGAGUUGUCCCUUAACUAGAUAAUAUAAUCCAUCUAUUAUACUAAAUCG